UACCCAACCAGAAACACUCAAUGCCGGUCGGUCUUGCCGGACGCCCGCAUGCAACUACAAAUAUUUCGAACGGUUAACUCGAUUCAACCCACGACGCGUUCCGAACAUGUCAUCCAUCUAGCUCGUGCGAUUGUUGUGCUAUAAACGAAACUAGCGCUUAAUACCACCCGUCAUUAUGUACACACAGACGGAGUUUGAUAUCAAAGAUUCAUCAAAGAACUUAAUGAGUGGGGACUUCGAGAGACAAUACAAGGAAGGGAUGGAGAAGGGUGGUGAUAAGAAAAGGGGUUGUGUGGUGUUUGGUGUGACUGUCGGGGCCCUUGCCGUGUGGCUUCUUGUGCUGACUGUGUUCCGUGAAGUUCAAAUAUCUCGGCUCCGAUAUGAGGUGGAUCAGCUGACCGCUAACAUGAUAGCGAUGUCGGCAAACGUCAUGUCGCUUAACCAAAAGCUUUCCAAUAACAAGCUGUUCAAUGAGUUCAAAACUUUGGAAGAUACGCUCUACGCCGAUGAUGAUCAAGAAGUAAAUCUGGAUGAUGAUGUAAAGGAGGCGAAGCAUGACAAGGAAUUCAAUGCGAUCAAUAAACUGCAUGGUCUCACAGUGCUGGAGGAUGAUAACCAACUCGCCGAUGAUGAGGACCUAUUCGAUGGUGAUGAUGAUGACGAGGAGAGUGGCGACUGGUACCCGGAUUAUGAUCGCCGCAGAGAGAAGAUUGGCACAACGAACAUGGUUCGACUGACUCCAGAAGACUUCGCAGACACGAUAGUCGGAGUGGACGUCGGUGGAAACCUGAAAGAAAUCAAACGGCUUCUCAAUGAAAACCCUGAAAUACAAGACAUAGCUCUUCCAACAUUACCUUCGUACAUACGUAAACCAACUACUGAGAAGCCACACAGAACUAGUACUGAAACUCCAGCCGCUGCCAACCCACGAGAGAAACGCAGCGUGUUUCCUGACUCUGUCGCAGACGCCAUCUCAUCAGUAACAGUGCCCAAGUUUAUAUCGAAAACAGAGGAAAGACGUAAAACAAAGAAGUACAGUCCAGUAACAGAGGGUACGACGAAAAUGCCGCUGCACACCGUUUCGAGGACCAUCAGGGACAGUAAUGCUGAAGAAGGCGUAAGGAGACCAUUCAUAGCAGCUCAUUUUCACGGAAACACUUCACAUCUCAGCACCGAAAUACAUGAACAUUUCAAAGGUAACGGGUUAGUACGCGUGGCUCAUGGUGCGCCGCACGACGUCUGGUAUCCCGCGCCAUGGACCGUCGCGUCCCCUCAUCCUCGUCCCACGCUCACCAGGAAUGGCCACGUGCAUGUCCACCACACAGGAGUCUACCUGGUCUACGUUCAGAUAUACUACCUGGAUAGCCACGACAUAAUAUCCUGGGUGUUGCACAGAACGAGUCCCUACACAGAUAACCGGGACACUCUCCUACAAUGUGCUUUAUCUUCACAUUCAUCAGAACCCCUCGACAAGCCCAACUCCUGCUUCUCCGCUGCAGCACUCUUCCUCAGAGCUGGUGACAGACUCGCAGUUCGUAACACCGGUGGUGACAGACACUCGUUGAUGCAGCCAGAAAAGAGUUUCAUAGGUCUUGUGAAGCUGGCUGAUGCUGAAGAGCCUUACGAAGAAAUGUAGACUAAUAGAUUGUGUUGGUAAAAGUCUUCUAUUCGACUUAGUAUAAGUAAGAUGUCUUAUUAGCUAUAAUAUCGUAAUAUUUAUUUUUAGAGAACAAAUCAAAUUAAAGUUAUCAACCCAGAAACCUCACAUUUCAUUCUGAUUUUAGAUAUUUUGAGUCUUCUUGUUUAGUGUUUGAUAACUAGAAGUUGAAUUCACAGAUCAUAUAUGAAUACAAUUAAUUGUAUUGUAUAGCAUACUAAUAACACUCGGCCGCAUAUCACUAAUUCUCAUAGUAUAAUCAGAGAUCUUGACAGAAAACAUAAUUCACAGUAUCAUUUUCUCGGCUAAUCUAAUAUUUGUCUAAAAAUUAUAAAUAAAUCCAGCCGUUUUGUAGUCCCUAGAUAACGUACGUACACUCGAAAAGAUACAUUAAUAUGUCAAAGAUAUUUUGAAUUUUCUCGAAAUCCCGUCAAGUAAAAUAAACAUGAAUCGCUCGUGGAAGUGACGCGUAUGAAUUAAAUAUUUUUUAAAGAUGCGUGUCAAGUUUUUGUAAGUUAUGUCAUUUAGGGGCUGUUUCACAAUGUCCAAGUAAUCCUAGCAGAUUGUCAUAAUCUAGAUAAAUUAAUGGCUACAUAAAAGUUUCCAGAUAAAACUGACUCUCACAAUCACUGUAUUAAUUUUCUAGAUUACUUAAGACUUAUCUGAUAGAUCGGUCUGCCAACCUCGUACUUAUUAGUCCCGUUUGACGAAAUGAAAAUAUUAAAAAAAACUGUUUCUUAGACGAAAUAACGUAACACAAGCUUAAUAGCUUUGAGUGAUAAUUUUGUUCCUAUUUUACGGAUUUCUAUUUGUAUAUAUUUCUAAAUAGCACUUCUACUACUAUUUUCACAAUAAAAUGAAUCAUGAUCAAUUUAAGAAUUAUUUUAUUUAAUAGGUAAGUAGCAAGUAGCCUAUCAGGAACUUUACUUGGACCUUGUGAAACAGCCCUUAAUAUAUUAUUUAAUAUAUGCAAUAAAUAAUUUAAUAUAAUGAACCUAUAGUAAUUUUUGUUACGUACUUUUCAUACAAUAGCCAACUUAUCUGACACUAUCGUUAUUUUUUCUAAGCGUGGGCUACAGUCCGAGUGAUUUAUGAUAGAGCCUUUUGUUAUUUCAUGACGCAGAAUCAUAUUUUAAAAAGUAUCCAUUAUUUCCUACUAUAUGCGUGCCCUCAUUUUUCAUAACGAGAACAAAUCUACAUCUUAUUAAAUAUGCAAACUCUUCUGAAUAAACUAUAUCAUAGUAUUGGUGAUAUAUUACGGAAUUAUUGUAAAUAUUAUUUAGUCAAGUGUGCCAUUUAACUAAUUAUUAAUUUCAAUUAAAAUUAAUGGUAAAUAUGGCUCCAGGGCUUGCAGAGCUGUAUUGGAAAUAGAGUUUCAAGAAUAUUUAUAAAAUAUACUUUUUAAAAGGAUAGAAUAUUUAAAACGCGUGUAAUUAACAUUUGCUGUCGGCUUGGUCACUGUUAAGUACGUGAUAUUGAUGCACGUGAUUUAAAACGAAAUGUCGUGGGUUCGAGUCCCACAUUGAUCAUAAAUUUUGUUUUAAAAUUUAAUUUGUGUGUUUAAUCAAUAUUAAUUUUCUGCAACGUUAUUCAGAUAAGUCUAAUUGCACGCGUCUUAACCAUUUUAAAAGGUUAUUUGGUUUAAAUGUGUGAUAAUCGUAUUAAUAAAAAAAACUAAGAAUAUUUUCUUAAUUUUCUAUACAUAGAGUAUUUUUACUAAUCAGCAAAAGCAACUACAAUAUUGUCAACAAAAGAUCUGCUGCUUUCGCUAUUGAUAUAUUUUAGGGGCCUUACAAAUAAACUUGGUAUAAAGUUAUUCCUGAGAAUAAGCCAAGAAUAUUAAAAAUGUUGGACUAUAUCUCUGACAACACUGUCAAUACAAUCAGAAUUCUGAAGUUUCCUGAAUGUCAAGCAGCCUUGUAAUAAACGCGGGAAACGUUUUACGUCUGAAUAAACCAAUCAUAAGCAAAAUGUCUAUUUUGUAAAUAUAUUGCAUAUUCUCUGUUUAAUCUCAGGUAUAACUAAUACCAAGUUUAUUUGUAAUGCCGUAUAAGUACACUAACUUUAUAUUUGAGCGUAAUUUAUUUAUGCAUUAUUUUUCUUAAAUGCAAUGUGGCAUUGUUAAGUACUAUGUAUUUUGAAUAAACUAUUUUUUUUAA